AUGCACCUCCCACACCAUUCGCUAGUCACUAGACGAUUAUUUUCCGCCACUUCAACAUGGCGACAAAUUGUCGGCUCCAAUGUAUCCGGGAAGGAAGCACCGCUGAGUAAGGCGUUUCCACUUCCGCGGUAUAGAAUCAUCGACCAUGAAUACGACUGCGUGGUUGUUGGAGCAGGAGGAGCAGGUCUCCGAGCUGCAUUCGGCCUUUCCGAAGCCGGAUUUAAAACAGCAUGCGUUUCCAAAUUGUUCCCCACGCGAUCACACACAGUGGCUGCUCAGGGUGGAAUCAAUGCUGCGUUGGGCAACAUGCACAAGGACGAUUGGCAUUGGCACAUGUACGAUACCGUCAAAGGUUCCGAUUGGCUAGGUGAUCAGGAUGCCAUACAUUAUAUGACCAGGGAAGCCCCCGUGACUAUAUACGAGCUUGAGAAUUACGGUGUGCCAUUUUCGAGAAACGAGGAAGGAAGAAUCUACCAACGGGCCUUUGGUGGACAAUCGAAGGAAUUUGGUAAAGGCGGCCAAGCUUACCGGACUUGUGCCGUGGCUGAUAGAACGGGACACGCGUUGUUGCACUCGCUUUAUGGCCAAUCGCUAAGACACGAUUGUCAUUUCUACAUUGAGUUUUUCGCUAUGGACUUGUUGAUGCAAAACGGCGAGUGCGUGGGCGUCAUUGCUUAUAACCAAGAAGACGGAACCUUGCAUAGAUUUAGAGCCCACAAGACUAUCAUUGCUACUGGUGGCUAUGGAAGAGCUUACUUUUCGUGUACUUCUGCACAUACGUGCACGGGAGAUGGCUAUGCCAUGGUUUCAAGAGCAGGUUUACCAUUGGAAGAUUUGGAGUUUAUUCAAUUCCACCCAUCUGGUAUCUAUGGUUCUGGCUGCCUUAUCACCGAGGGUGCCCGCGGAGAAGGUGGUUUUUUGGUCAACUCUGAAGGAGAACGAUUUAUGGAACGGUAUGCGCCAACCGCCAAGGACUUGGCAUGUAGAGAUGUUGUCUCGAGAGCAAUCACCAUGGAGAUUAAUGAAGGGAGAGGCGUGGGGCCUGAGAAAGACCACAUGUUUUUACAGUUGCAUCAUCUUCCCCCCGCGGUUUUAAAAGAGAGAUUACCUGGUAUAUCCGAGACGGCUCAUAUAUUUGCUGGCGUUGACGUUACCAAAGAGCCAAUUCCCAUUUUACCCACGGUCCACUAUAACAUGGGUGGCAUUCCUACAAAAUGGAACGGCGAGGUGAUAAAAAAGAAUGACAAAGGUGAAGAUGAAGUCGUGCCAGGCUUGCUAGCGUGCGGUGAAGUAGCCUGCGCGUCAGUUCAUGGGGCAAACAGACUAGGCGCCAACUCCUUGUUGGACUUGGUUGUCUUUGGCAGAGCCGUCUCCCACACGAUCCGCGACUCGUUGUUGCCCGGGACACCACUCAGGCCCAUGGACGCAACGCUCGGCAAGGAGUCGAUUGAGAAUCUCCACAGAUUGCGAACUGCCAAUGGCUCAAAGUCAACUGCCACCUUGAGGCUAGAAAUGCAGAAAACGAUGCAGAAGGGCUGCGCCGUUUUCCGGACCCAGGAGACGUUGGAUGAAUGUGUCGAGCAUAUCAACGAGGUGGACAAGGACUUUGUCAAUGUCGGAGUCUCCGACAGGUCGAUGAUCUGGAAUAGCGACUUGGUUGAAACGAUGGAGUUGCAAAACUUGUUGACUUGCGCUACGCAGACUGCCGCUUCUGCUGCGGCGAGAAGGGAGUCGAGAGGUGCCCAUGCUCGCGAAGAUUACCCCGAGAGAGACGACGUUAAUUGGUGGAAACACAGCUUAUCUUAUCAAACCAAGUCUGGUGCUCCUGUAAGACUAGACUACAGAGACGUCGUUAAAACUACAUUGGAUGAAAAAGAGUGUCCUCCGGUGCCUCCAACCGUUCGAGCAUAUUGA